AUGUUGAUCGAACAAAUUCCAACUUCAUCCUCAUCCUCAGAUGUCGGCGCCGAGAGUGGCGACCAGGAAACCUCGUUCCAGACCCAAGUCGAAAACCCUAGCCCAUCCUUUCAACCUCCACCACAAACCAGCGCCACCGCUCCACCUCCCGCGGUGGACGAAGAUACACUACGGCGCCUCGAUAAAAUCCUCCGGAGUAUACCCUCCGAGAUGGACAAUGCGGCCGCUUACGCCGCACUCGAAGUUAGACUCAGGAUUUCCCGGUCUAAAGAGCCUGCUUCGUCUUCUAAAACAAAAAUUCCACCUAGCUCUCCUACAUCGCCUCCGCCUACAUUCCCCCUUCCUAGCUCUCCUAUAUCACCUUCACCAUCUACCGUCCAACCUUCACCUCCAUCCCCCAUCCAGCCGAUGCACACCAGCGAGGACACCGCUGACGAAGAAAGAUGGGGGGAGGAUUAUGGGCAGCCGUUUGCUAUUCCGUCACCAGCAAACGGUGGCACCUCCACUUCGAUCCAUGAGCCGCAUUUGACUGGGGGCGGUGAAAUCAAUGACGAGGAAGUAGAGGACUUACGCCCAUUGUUCGACUAUAGGGAAGCUGAGAAGGAGAAGAAGCCACCACGCCGGAAGACGCGCCGUAUGACAACGGACUGGCUCCUGGAGGAGGUUGGAACCCUGAAAAUCCGAAGGGAGGAGGAAACGGUGGUGCAGAAACCUCGCACAGUACGGCCGGUGGCUGGUUGA